AUGGCUGACGAGGAAGAAUCCUACAAACAGUUUGAAAUCAAAGAGGGUAUCAUAUUCCUUGUGGAGCUCUCGCUGGCAAUCCUUCGGCCAAUCAACGACCUCGAUGGAAAGUCUCAAUUGCUAGAGAUCCUCUCUUGUGUGAAUGAGCUCAUGUCAGAUAUGGUCAUGACAUAUCCCAAGAACGGAGUCGGUAUCUAUUUCUACAAUUGUCAGGAAACCAGCAAGAAGUUUCCCAAGAACUCUGGUCUCUCCAAGGUUUUCUCGCUCAAUGACUUAAACAGCUCCAAUAUGAAGAAGCUAACAGAGAUAGUGAGGGACGACAUUGAUGGGUUCAAGAGCCUCCAAGAUCGCUUCAAGUACAAUGAGGAGCCGCAGGAUCGGCUCCAUACCAUAUUGAAGACUAUCCUUCGAGAAUUCCAGGUGAAGACGCAAUACAAUGUGAAGAAGUUGUUCUGGCUAACCAACAACGAUAAACCUUACAUCAACAAGGAGCUCAAGGACAGCUUGAGAACCAUGAUCAGCGACUUUGAAGACAACAAGAUCUGGGUGAAUCCUAUCUUCUUGGAUUCCUUCGAGGAUAGGGAUCAGACUAAGCGCAAGAGCUUCGACAUCUCGUUGUAUCAGAAUAUCUUCUUGAAUACGAACUUCUUGAGUGAAGUGAACAAAAACCACGAUGAAGAUGAUCUGCCCUUGAAGAAAAUAAAAGCCGAAGAGCUGGAUACUCCAGUGUGGCUGGAUACGCUUGUAUCGUCGCAUAUCCGAAAGUCCAUCUCCAGGUUGAAGGAGAUCAGAAGGAUUCAGUUUUCUUGUGACUUGAUUAUGAGUGAUGGCGAUGGUAUUGGUGGCAGAUUUGGAUGCUCUAUUAAAGGCUACACCUUGUUUAAUCACGAGUCGGUCAAGCUGUUCAGGCAAGUGUACACCGGAGGAGACACAUUGAAGCUUGUACAGAUUGAUAGCAAGGUUCAACGACAAGAUUCCGCUCAGGAAGUCGACAUAAAUCAAGAGGAGAAACUUGAGGAUCAGAAAGAGAAUCUCACGGUAGUGAAGGGUAUUCCAGUAAAGCGGACAAAUGAGCCGGUUGAUGGUCCAAACGAGAAGAUCAUAUAUGUCACCGAGGAGAACCUAGACUUCAUGAGGACGUAUGCCUUCGAUAAUGCUCCUGGGGAUUCUGAGGAAAACGUGGAGGAUGAAAAGGAUUUGGUCUCCUUCAGCCGUGCACCAUACCUCAAGCUUCUCUGCUUCAGACCCAUCAGCUCCUACAAGCCUUACUUCAACUUAAAAGCACCCUUAUUUGUGACUGCCGACCUUAAUGACGGUCUAGGAUCAACCAAUCGUGAAGGAGGAUACACCAAUUCCCUCACUACUCUCAAACAUCUUUACCAGGGAUGUGUCAAGCUUGAGAGGUACGCAGUGGUAUUUGGAUGCAUCAAGAAAAACUCGACACCAAACCUUUAUGCCUUGUAUCCGACAAACAUCAAGGGCUCUUCCUCAAGCCUCAAGGACAGGGUCUUUCCUGAGGGCUUUUUGUUGAUACAGUUGCCAUGGCUCAAUGAGGUGAGAAGUUUACCGGAUUACAUGUUCCAGGAAGGUGAGAAGUAUUUCACGAAACCCGAGGACGACAUAGUUCCUGAACCUUUCUUAGAGCUUUACAAGUCGUUGAUUGAGCAGGUUGGUAUUGAAGAGAGCUACGACCCCAGCGAGCAUCCCAACCCGGUUCUCAACCAUUUCUACAAGGUGAUCAAGCAGGAGGCCCUACAAAUCGAUAUCAAGAACGAGCUGACGGCGCUUGAAGACAACGACUGGUCAACCAGGAAGCUCAUCGAUUUGCGGAAGCAACUUGAAAAGAACAACGACACUGCUAGCCUUCUUCGGCUCAUCAACUCAAGUCUCAACAAGGUUGGCAAUGAAGAUAUCAAGAGAAAAGCCGCCGAAGACAACUUAAGCCCACAAAAGAAAUCCAAGCCUGAAAAACUCACAGAGCAGGAAGUCAUCUUGAUGUGGAAAAACAACUCGUGGAAACAUGCUACUGUCGCUCAGCUCAAAGAUUUCAUCAGCAGGUACGACAAAAUCAAGAGUGCUACACGGAAAGCGGAUAUGGUGGAUAACAUCUCUCAGUUUCUAGAAGAGAGAAAAUAA